GCGGGACGCGCUGCGGCUGGAGAGGAAAGGCAGAGUGAGGAGGGGCGAGGCCAAGAAAGCGCGCGUUUCUGGGAGGGGAGGAGCCUGGCUAAGGAGUGCCGCGUCACAUCCGGUAGAGUUAGAGCCCGUGCGGAGGCGGUGCGGAGCGGUUCGGCUCUGAGCGGCUGGGCGACCGGCGCGUCGUGCGGCGCUGCGGCGGAGCCUCCUUAAGGAAGGUGCAAGAGGUUGGCAGCUUCGAUUGAAGCACAUCGACCGGCGACAGCAGCCAGGAGUCAUGAGCGACAGCGGCGAGCAGAACUACGGCGAGCGGGAAUCCCGUUCUGCUUCCAGAAGUGGAAGUGCUCACGGAUCGGGGAAAUCUGCAAGGCAUACCCCUGCAAGGUCUCGCUCCAAGGAAGAUUCCAGGCGUUCCAGAUCAAAGUCCAGGUCCCGAUCUGAAUCUAGGUCUAGAUCCAGAAGAAGCUCCCGAAGGCAUUAUACCCGGUCACGGUCUCGCUCCCGCUCCCAUAGACGAUCACGUAGCAGGUCUUACAGUCGAGAUUAUCGUAGACGGCACAGCCACAGCCAUUCUCCCAUGUCUACUCGCAGGCGUCAUGUUGGGAAUCGGGCAAAUCCUGAUCCUAACUGUUGUCUUGGAGUAUUUGGGCUGAGCUUGUACACCACAGAAAGAGAUCUAAGGGAAGUGUUCUCUAAAUAUGGUCCCAUUGCCGAUGUGUCUAUUGUAUAUGACCAGCAGUCUAGGCGUUCAAGAGGAUUUGCCUUUGUAUAUUUUGAAAAUGUCGAUGAUGCCAAGGAAGCUAAAGAACGUGCCAAUGGAAUGGAGCUUGAUGGGCGUAGGAUCAGAGUUGAUUUCUCUAUAACAAAAAGACCACAUACGCCAACACCAGGAAUUUACAUGGGGAGACCUACUUAUGGCAGUUCUCGCCGUCGGGAUUACUAUGACAGAGGAUAUGAUCGGGGCUAUGAUGAUCGGGACUACUAUAGCAGAUCAUACAGAGGAGGAGGUGGAGGAGGAGGAGGAUGGAGAGCUGCUCAAGACAGGGAUCAGAUUUAUAGAAGGCGGUCACCUUCUCCUUACUAUAGUCGUGGAGGAUACAGAUCACGUUCCAGAUCUCGAUCAUACUCACCUCGUCGCUAUUAAAGCAUGAAGACUUUCUGAAACCUGCCCUAGAGCUGGGAUAUUGUUUGUGGACAAUAUUUUUUAUUGUCUCUUGUUUAAAAAGUGAACAGUGCCUAGUGAAGUUAGGUGACUUUUACACCUUUUAUGAUGACUACUUUUGGUGGAGUUGAAAUGCUGUUUUCAUUCUGCAUUUGUGUAGUUUGGUGCUUUGUUCAAAGUUAAGUGUUUUCAGAAAAGUAUGUUUUGCAUGUAUUUUUUUACAGUCUAAAUUUUGACUGCUGAGAAGUUUCUAUUCUACAAAACUUCAUUUAAAAGGUUUUUCUACUGAAUCCAGGGUAUUCUGAAGAUCGAAGCCUGUGUAAAAUGCUACCAAAUGGCAAAAAGCAACAAUAAACAGUUUGAUUUUUACUUUUCUUUCUAACAUAUCAAUGCUUAGCAGAACUAUUCAGAUUGUCGGUAGUAAAUUUAAAGACAAAUGCCCGUUUUCCUCCAGUCCAUGAAACAUACCAUACUUAUAUACCUGCAACUAAGUGUUUAAAAUUAUGCUCUGUAACUCUGUACUGCUAGUAUUAGAACUAAAAAUCUUAAAAUACAGCCAAUGCUUAAUGCUUAUAUCAAUGUGGAUUUGUCGGCUUUUAUGUAAUCUGUGAUAUGUAUAGCAGGAAAUACGAAGAGUUACACAGUGUAUUCCUUAAAAGGCUGUUUCUUAAAGCUGUUACAAGGGGAUAAUGGUAUUUCAACUAGUUAUCAGCAAGUGACAAUACAUUCCACCACAAAUAUACUCUUGUUCUUCUAGCUUUUAGACUAUAUGAAAAAACUGGGUGCUUCAAAGUACAUGAUAAGGGAACACUAUACCUGUGUCAUGGAUGAACUGAAGACUUUGCCUGUUCAUUUUUUAAAUAUUAUUUUCAGGUCCUUUGCUUACCAAAGGAGGCCCAAUUUCACUCAAAUGUUUUGAGAACUGUGUUUAAAUAAACGCAAAUGAAAAGAAAAA